AGAUAUGAAGAACAUUAAGCUCACUUGUCAUCUCAUUCGAGACUUUGAAGAUGUUUCAGUUUUGCUGAAAUUUGAUAUUAAAAUUAAUUCUAGCGAUUACAUUGAUUCUCUUAAAGAUAAAAUCUAUGAAAAGGUACAAAUUCCUAAUGAUAAUAAAAAUGGUUUUUCAAGCCUUGAAUUACAAGAAGGUGAAGAGAGCAAUUAUUGGAAUGGUGAAAAACUUCUGAAAGUAGGAUAUAUUCAUGUUAUUGUUGAUUCGCCAUUGAUAAGAGCAAAUCAACAAAUGGCAAAUUUGGCAAUCAAUCAAGCGUCAUUAGAAGUCUAG